ACACUCAUGGUCCACAGGCGAAACGGCCGGUGUUUCCAGUUGGCAACACUGAUGAACUACCUGUCCCCUCUGCCUACCUGUCGACAAACGAAAAUUUCAAAUGUACUACGGUACAACGGUCGGAAAGUGAUUUUCAAUGCGAGUGACAUGAGAGCUUGAAAAAAAAGCAGGAAAAAUAAGUACGGCUGGACCGUGAGUCUCUAAUGAAAAGUGGAUGAAUUGUAAAAAAGAGAGAAAUAUAUUUGGAUUCUGAAAAGCAUUAAGAUGGUUGAUGCUUCGGUCAACGUCGCCCUGAGAAUCAGACCUUUGGUUCAAACAGAGAUUGAGAAAGGCUGCCAGACAUGCGUCGCAACAGUGCGUGGCCAACCACAGGUUCAGGUGCUGGGUACUGACAAAGCUUUUACGUUUAAUCACGUAUUUCCUCCUGAAGUUAACCAGGAAACAUUUUAUAAUACAGCAGUCAAAGGAAUGAUAAAUAAUCUCUUCCAAGGAUAUAACGUAACUAUAUUGGCAUAUGGCCAAACUGGAAGUGGUAAAACCCAUUCCAUGGGGACGUGUUAUAAAGGAGGUAGUGAAGAGCUUGGUAUCAUCCCUCAUGCAAUAAAUGACAUUUUCCAAAUUGUGGAACAACAAACAGACUGCAAUUUCGAAAUCACAGUCUCUUUCACUGAACUUUAUCAAGAGCAACUUUACGACCUGCUCUCCCAAAAAUCCCGAGAAAACUCUGUUGUCGAUAUUCGUGAAGAUACACAAGGCAUAAAAAUACCUGGCUUGACUGAAAUCAAAGUUGAAAAUGCCACCGCAACUUUUCAGUGCCUUAGUCAAGGUUCGCUGGGUCGAGCCACUGGGGCAACAGCAAUGAAUUCGCAAAGUAGCAGGAGCCAUGCCAUAUUUACUGUCAACAUACGUCAAGAGAAAAAAGAUGAUGUUAACUCUGCAACAACAGCAAAGUUUCAUCUGGUAGACCUUGCUGGUUCCGAACGUAGCAAAAAAACCAAAGCCACCGGUGAAAGAUUCAAAGAAGGCGUAAAUAUAAAUAAAGGUCUCCUCGCUUUGGGUAAUGUGAUCUCACAAUUGGGAGAUGGAACUUCCGGGAGCUAUGUUGGAUAUCGUGAUAGCAAAUUAACCAGGUUGUUGCAAGACUCAUUAGGCGGAAACUCCAUGACUCUAAUUAUCGCGUGUAUCAGUCCUGCAGACUACAACCUCGAUGAAACUUUGAGUACCCUGCGAUACGCUGACAGAGCAAGAAGAAUAAAGAAUAAGCCGAUUGUGAAUCAAGAUCCACACGCUGCUGAAGUAAAUAGGUUAAAUAAGUUAAUUCAAGAAUUGAGAUUGGCUCUUCUUUCACAAGGAAAUACAGUAAAUGGUGAAAACGCUUGCCCACCUGAACACAAAGAACUGCAAGCAAAAAUACAGAUAAUGCAAGUCAAAAAUAGGGAUCUAACUGAACAACUCCAUGCAAAUCUAGUUGAAUUUUUGCAUAUGAGCGAACGUGCUGAUCUGGCAGAAAGCGCCAGUGAAACUCUUAGAAAAAACAUUGCUGAUCUCUUAAGAGACUUUAAGCAAUCUAUCGACGACUUCGACGCAAAUCCCAAUGCCACUGAAGAACAUCGAUCGGCAUUGAAAAUCAUAUACAAUAAAAUUUUAGAGUUUCAAAGCGAUCAAGAAAAGACAGCAAGGGAAAUUUUGAGUCACGAAUUAUCAACAGAGAAACAAUUUGUUAAUCAUGAUUCGGCUGAUACUAAUUUUGCGGAUGAAAAUUCAGAUGAUACCGAAACUGGAGGAGUAGAUCUGGAUAUAAAACAAGAGGAGCAUACCUUGCAACAGGCUGAGAGGAAAGAUGAAGUGAAAAAUAUAAACAGAGAAUUAGCUUUGAAAGAAGAAUUGGUUGCAAAACUUAUAGCAAACUCUACGCAAAUGGUUGAAUAUUCAAAGGAAAUGCAGGAGAUGGAAUCCGAAAUAAAAAAACUGCAGGCAGAAAAAGAUGAUCUCCAAAAAGUUUUGGUAUCAGUUCAAUCUAACAAUGCUAGCUCCAAACUCGCAGAAACACGUCGCAAAAAAGUUCAAGAGCUUGAGAAGAAGAUAUCUGAAUUAUCUCGCAAAUGUAUGCAGCAGGGAACGGUUAUCAAAAUGAAAGAAAAGUCCGAGGCCAAGAUAAAAAGUCUGCUCACUGAAAUUCAAUCAAUGAAACGAUACAAAGUAAAACUCAUGCAGCUGAUGCGAUCCGAAAGUGAAAAAUUCAGACAGUGGAAGCUCACAAGAGAACAGGAGGUUAGAAAAUUAAAAGAUCAAGACAGGAAGCGACAACACCAAAUUGUUCGGAUGGAAACACAGCAUAGUAAACAGCAGAACGUUCUUAAACGUAAAGUGGAAGAAGCCUGCGCAAUCAAUAAGAGGCUGAAAGAAGCACUGGAGAAGCAGAGUAAGGCUCAACAGAAGCGAGACAAGGCGGGCAAUACAGUCGGCAUACAAGCUUGGGUAACUCAAGAACUUGAAGUGCUCACUAGUACGAUAGACGCUGAGCGUUCGUUGGAUCGACUAAUGCAAGAUAGAGCAUUACUCACAACAACCUUGACUAAAAUUAAAGCAAAUAAAGAUAAAUAUGAUGCAGCCACCUAUGCGAAACAAAUUUCCGAACUCACUGAAGAUUUACAGUUACGCAGUGCACAAAUUGCCGACCUGCAGCAAAAGAUUCUUGCUUCUGAUCAAGAAAACAAGACUAAAACCCGGUGGAAUCAAAUACAGACAAUGAUAGACGCAAAGUGUGCUUUGAAGACCCUGUUUGAUAUUGCAGCUGAAAAAAGUCGAAGCCAGUAUGCCAAAACCUAUCAAUACGAUGAACUGAUGGAAGAGUGUGAUGCUCUUAGAAUGAGAAAUCGACAAAUGGAACUCCAACAAAAAGAGCAAAUUUUGAAACAGAGAGAACGAGAGGCAAAGCUGAAUGCGGAACACGAAGAAGUGGUAGCCCAACUGCUUGAUCAACUCCGCGGAGUUAAACCCGUAGCAGAACCUCAAUUAUGCAAUGUAUCUCUAAAGGAGAAAAAACCAUCAACCAAAGAAUACCCAACACCAAAUGCUGAACAUUGCGAAGACUAUCCAUUCACAGAUGAUAGCUUGUUGGAAGAUGAUGUCGAAAAAGAUCCAGAUUGGACCAAAACGCCUCUGUUUAGUCGGAUUAGCAAAAUCAUGAGCUCUGCUGCAGAAUCCCGUCCAAAUGCUGGAAUUAUUGGUUCAAAGCGAUCAUCAGACGGUGAUAUAAAAUGUGCAUGCAAAUCCAAGUGCCACACGCGUUUAUGCACUUGCCGGAAAAAUGACCUAGCGUGCAUAAACUGCAAUUGCAACCCGGAAAUAUGUUGCAACAGAGACCAAGAAAACAUCAGACGAACCAUCCUGUUUCCAGAUGUUACCAAAGAUGAUAGUGAUGACUCAUUUAAGAAACCAAUCGAAAUGAAUAUAUUACCACCUAAGCCAAAGAGAUCGAAACCUCAGGACCAAACCAUCGAAAUCUAAAACAUUGCGACAAUCAUAGA